AUGGACGACGAGACGAUGGAGGUGGCGCUGGGGAGGAUCAGGGCUUUCGUGGCGAAGAACAAGGAGGCGAUGAAGCCGGCGAGGAAGCUCUGCGCGCAGAGCAGAUUGAAUUUGAGCUUCUCCGGAAGGAUUUACGACGAGUUUAUUAUGUCCCCGAGGUCGCCGAUCCCGCAGUCGCCAUUGGUUCGAGCCAGGACUUUAUUAAAAGAGGGGCUUGGGGAGGGGUGA